AUGAGAGUUCUUCCAAUCACUUGUUUUUUUCUCGGUGCUGCCGGUACCAUUCUUGCAUUCAGGUCACCGGACUAUAGCAACUUGACUGUUGCAAUCGUACGCGCCGAGCCUGUCAAUUUUCCCAUGCCAAUACUCAACAAGAACUGGACCGGUGUCGAGUUCGAUCUGAAUGCUACAGUUGCAAAAGGGCUGAAACUCAUUGGAGAAGCUGCGGAUAACGGCGCAAACCUUGUUGUUUUCCCAGAACUAUGGUUUCCAGGAUAUCCAACGGGUAUGGCAGACAAUGUCACGAUGAAGCCUUGGCUUUCCAACUAUGUCGAAAACUCGCUCGAACUCAAUUCCACUCACUGGAAAGCUCUCGUCAAAGCAGCGAUGAAAUAUGAGACAUAUAUCGCACCUGCAUUCUCUCAUAGAGAGAAUGGCAACAUAUACAUGGGUCAAGCCCUCAUCACGCCCACGGGCAGCUUCUUCGUGCGACACAAGUUACGUCCUUCGGGUGGCGAACGAACAAUAUGGUCAGAUGGCGUCACCUCGGACUUGCAGGUCAUAGCAACACCGUAUGGCCGUUGGGGAAUCUUGGAGUGCUGGGAGCACUUCCAUCCAGCAAUGACAUUCAAUGUCCAAGCGCAAGCUGAGACACUCCACCUUGCCUCGUGGCCAUACACACCGGAUGCAGCGGAUCCUCAAGCAGAACCCUUCGAAUCUCUCGAGAUAAACCUGGCGGCUGCAAGAGUAUAUGCUGUUAAUAGCAAUGCGCCGCUUGUUUUUGCCUCAGUCGGUAACGCAAGGUUCCUUGAUGCACAGGGUCUUGACCUCUCGGUCGUCGAAGCAAAGACGUCGACGGAGGAACAGCCACUGCUCUACCACUCUUUCAACACAUCUGGACUUGCUGAGACUGUACCUUACACCACGGAAGGCGAGCAGAGCUGGGGUAUUCUGCAGCAGAUCUAUGAUAGCUUUCCAAACUACAUCCCGAAAAUUGUCGGCACUUUCGUGCAGAGACGGGUCAAUCCUACCUCGAAUCUGUAGUUAAUUAAUCACGAAUAUGUACUAUGAUUAUAUAAAAUACAGUCUUGCAAUCGGUCCGUAUGUUACCAUGCGAUGGUUUUAGUCGAGGGCGAUCACCC